AACAGUGCCAGUUGCGAAUCACACUUGCUCACGAACGCACGCUGUUGUUAAAAUGAUACUGUUGUUGUUGUUGUCCGCGCUUGUUUUAUUUGUUGUAGCGUCGUGGAUUUACUUCCUUAGCGAUGUGAGGAAGUACAAUCUCCCUGGACCCACUCCGUAUCCCAUUAUUGGGAAUGGAAAUUUAUUCUUGUGCGAUUCUAAUAAGUUUUUGGCAAUUCUAUCCGAAUUGGCGGUACAAUAUAAAGAUGCUUUUCGCAUAUAUAUCAUGUCAAACAGAUAUUUUGUGCUAUCACACCCUAAAUACAUUGAGCAACUGAUGUCAAGCACAGAAAUAAUAAGCAAAGGAAUAUCCUACGACUUCCUGCGGCCCUGGUUAGGAGAUGGCCUCUUGACAUCUACAGGUCCAAAAUGGAGGAGUCACCGCAAAUUUCUCACUCCGGCUCUCCAUUACAACAUACUUCACACCUUCCUUCCCGUGUUCUUAAAGAAUGGAAACAUUUUGUGCGAUACACUGAAGAGAAAGGCCGAUGGUUCAUCUAUAGAGUUGUUCCCCAUUAUGGCUAUGGCGGCGCUGGAUAAUAUUACAGAAACAGUAAUGGGGGUGUCCUUGGAUGCGCAAAAAGAAAAAGACUCCAAAUAUGUUAAAUCAAUUGACGUCGUAAGUCAAAUCAUGGCAACGAGAAUGAGAGACGUGUUCAUGGGCAACGAUCUCUUCUUCUCCCUCACACCGCAUAAGAGGAAACACGACAAAGCGAUCGAGUUCAUGAACAGACACACGAAGGAAGUCAUCGACGCUAGGAGGAAAGAGUUGAAUGUCGCCAACGCUAAGAAGUUGGUUGAAAGUUCGGAGCUAGGUAUGAAAAACAAGCAUGCUUUCCUGGACUUACUGCUAUUGGCCGAAGUUGACGGCAAACAGAUCAGUGACGACUGCGUCCGCGACGAAGUAGUCACAUUUAUGUUUGAAGGUCACGACACAACCGCGUCGGGCACAGUGUACGGACUGUACUGCAUCGCGAACCACCCAGAAGUGCAGCGAAGGAUUCUAGAAGAGCAGAAGGAAGUUUUGGGCGGCGAUCUAACAAGAGAUCCAACCUUUAGCGAGCUCCAACAGAUGAAGUAUCUAGAGUGCGUGAUCAAGGAGAGCCUCCGUUUGUAUGCGCCUGUCCCCAUGAUCCAGAGAAUGGUUCCUAAAGAUGUCGAAAUGGCCGGCCUGCUGUUCCCAAAGAACACAACAGUGAUGAUCAACAUAUACCGCAUGCACCGGAACCCGGACUUGUUCGAGGACCCCCUGGAGUUCCGACCGGAACGAUUUGAGACCUCCGCCAGUGCCAAGAACGCGUUCAGUUGGAUCCCGUUUAGCGCUGGGCCUAGGAACUGCAUUGGUCAAAAAUUCGCAAUGCUGGAAAUGAAAGUGACCUUAGCAGCCAUCGUGAGGAACUUCGAGCUGUCUCCGUGUGGUGAUGAACCGGAGCCCUGCGGAGACCUCAUUCUGAGGUCCAGGAAUGGGGUGCAUGUCAAGAUGAUGCCGAGGAAUUAAUAGUUGCAAGUCGACGUUUGUCUUAUCACAUCAUUGAUAUAAUGUCCCGGGUAUAGAUGUCAAGUUGUGGAAACUUCCCACAAAGUGUGUUUAGAAAGCCAUAAAGGAAACUUUAAUUUUGAAAAUGGAAAAUUUAGAUCCACAUACAAAAUAUAGUAUCGUCUUGGGUCGUCCCAUUCGUUUUUCGUCAAGUUCUUAAAUUAGUCCUAUUCUGCUUUCGUCACUCAUUCUACAUUCGUCACAAUCAUCGGUGGCUUUCAAUGUAGAAUGCGUGACGAAAGCAGAAGAGGACUAAAUUAAGAACUUGACGAAAAACGAAUGGGACGACCCAAGACGAUACCCAAAAUAUGAGAAGGUUCCGACAUUUUUAUUUGUGAAAAAUUCGAUAGGCAUUUUAUAAAUUUUCCGACGGCACAUGCCCACUGGUGUCCGUCCUACCCCACGCUGUCCUUUUCCACAAAAAUGCUACGAGAUUACCGCUGUGUAGUUACCAACAUACUUGUCUUACAUCUAGUACUACUUCCUCCCUAUUAAUUACUACUUCUUUGAAUAUACAUAGGUACAUACAUCAUAAGGUAAUAACUUUUCAUGGGUAGAUUAGGUAGGUACGUCUAAACCUGCCUAAAUAUUGGUGUUUUUCAAUUUUUUCUGACUAGAAUUUAAUUCCUUACAUUUUAUUCUUUCGAUUUCUUGGUAAGAAGUUAACAUACCUACUUAAUAUUUAGUUAAAUUAUAAAAAAUUGUUAAGAAUAGAAUACUUUACUGGUGUCGGACAGACUUAUGAUAAAAAACCUCAAGGCGAUGUAGAAAUAAAAUGUUUUAUUUAUUCCACUAA